AUGGAUCCCGUCGGCGCCGGCGUCGGCUCGUGGGACACGGAGCUCGCGUGGCACCUCCUCACCGUGCUCCUCCGCAUCGGCCGCCCCGCCGCCGCCGCCGAGCUCGCCGCCACCGUGGCGUCGGCGGCGAGCUACGUGACGCCGCAGCUCGUCGAGCGGCUGUGCCUCGCGCCGAGGUCCCCGCUCCGCUCCUCCGACGGCGUGGUGACUGUUUCGGAGAUGGCCGCCGUGGCGUUCCUGAGAUUCCUCGGAUGUGAUGUGCCGGCGCGGCCUAUGGCGGGAUUGGGCGGAUCCGAUGGGAGGAGGUGGUGCCCCGUGGUGCAGAUCAGGUACGAGCGCAAGCGGAAGGCCUCAGACGCGGCGCACGUCGGUGUGAAGAGGCGCCUCCUGAUGGAGACCGAUGCAGAUUCGGUAGAUCGCGACCAGCAGCAGUCGCAGCAGCUGAUUGUGCAAACCUGUUCUUCAGCCUCUACUGGAGAGGUUCAUCUGGAGGUUACGCAAGAUUGGCUUUCUAUCCUGGGCACGUCUGUUGCUGAACCCUCCCUGAAAUUUUCAACUGGGGUUCCUCUUGUUUCCACCGUUGCUAAAAUUAGCACAGCUUGUCUUGGAGUCAGGGAUGGCAACUUUCUCGGGGACAUGACAUCUGCGCUAGGGCUGAAGGACUUGUCAACCCCUUCAUCUGUUGACAUUCCUUUUCCCUGUGCUGAAAAAUCAGAGAACAUACAUGCACCAGCUGAUAAUGAAAUUGGUAGAAUCGGUGAACCUGAAGGACCACUUGCAAUUUGUACCUGCCGAGUAGAGGAUAGUGAGGAUAUAGAAAAAGAGUCUGCCCUCCUUCCUCUGACGCUGGAUAAGACUGUAGUUGGAGACAAAAAAGUUUGGUUUGAUGCGGAUCUAAAUAUUUUUCUGGAAAGACCUCGCUGUCCAUUUCACUCUCGUGAUACACAUGCAGUUGACAAUAUAGUAGGAACAAAUUUUACGCCUGAACAAGAAGCUGUACUAUCUGGCAGCCCAAAUGCUGGAGACUGUGAGGAGAUCCCAUCUUGUGGUCAGGAUGCUAACACUUCUGCAGUAAUUCAGGAGAAAAAGGAAAUACAACUUUUGUCCCAGUCUCCUACUCACACCAAAGCAGAACCUGUAUUACAUGAACUGAUUCAUGAAAUGACAGAAAGUUCAUGUCAACCAUCUCUGGACAAAAAAGUUGAGCCAGCAGCAUUGCCAUUAGAAGUGAAGAGCUAUGAUGGUGUUAACAAUAGGAACUUGAACAUUAUUGCUGAAAAUGUGGAAAUCGCUGAUCUGAAUGGCAAAGAGCAGCCACAUAAUGAAGUGAGUACGAAUUUUCCGAAGGAGCAAGAUAAAAAGAUUGCGAAGCAAAAGGAUGCAGUACCCAAAGAAGAUAAAGAUCAAGUUGCAGAAACUGCUCAAAAGGUGGCCAAAACAGUUGAGCCAGCAGCAUGGCCAUUAGAAGCAAGGAGCCAUGAUGGUAUUAAUAACAGGAACUUGAACAUUAUUGCUGAAAAUCUAGAAAGCACAUAUCAGAAUGGCAAAGAGCAGCCACAUAAUGAAGCGAGUAAAUUUUUUCCUAAGGAGCAAGGUAAAAAGAUUGUGAAGCAAAAGAAGAAGCUCAAGAAAAAUGAUGCACUACCCAAAGAAGAUAAGGAUCAAGUUGCCGAAACUGCUCAAAAGGUGGACAAAAAAGUUGAGCCGGCAGCAUUGCCAUUAGAAGUGAGGAGCUACGAUGAUAUUAACAAUAUGAACUUGAACAUUAUUGCUGAAAAUAUAGAAAGCACAUAUCAGAAUGGCAAAGAGCAGCCAAAUAAUGAAGUGAGUAUGAAUUCUCCUAAGGAGCAAGAUAAAAAGAAUGUAAAGCAAAAGGAGAAGCAGAAGAAAAAUGAUGCACUGCCCAAAGAAGAUAAGGAUCAAGUUGCAGAAACUUCUCAAAAGGGCCAUUCAGAGCCAAACCCACUGCCUAGUUUCAAACAUUUUGUUGUAGAAGAGGAAGAAGGGUCAGGAGGUUAUGGUAUUGUUUAUAGGGCUCGAAGGAAAGAAGAUGGAAGAGUAGUUGCCAUAAAAUGCCCUCGAGGAAAAGCUCAUGCACAUCAUGUUGACAAUGAACGAAAGAUGUUGGAAAAAUUCGGAGGAAAGAACUUUGUGAUUAAUUUUGAAGGCUGUUUUAGGAGUGGUGAACUGGAUUGCUUUGUUCUACAACACGUAAAGCAUGACAGACCGGAGAAUCUGAAAAAAGAAAUAGAUUUGUUUGAGUUGCGGUGGUACGGGUAUUGUCUGUUCAAAGCUCUUUCAAGCUUGCAUAAACAGCGAAUAGUGCAUAGAGAUGUGAAGCCUGGAAACUUCCUCUUCUCUCGUGAUCAGGCAAAGGGAUUUCUUAUUGACUUCAACUUGGCAAAUGAUCUUCAACAUAAGUCAUUGAGGAACAGUAAGUCGGAGGCAAUUUCACGUGGGAAGGAUAUCACAUCUCAAUCUUCAUUGAAGUCCGCUCUAGUGAUUCAUGACAACGAAGCAGCAGCUGGCUCGAAACAACCUGUUGGGUCCAAGAGGAAAAGAUCAAAUAAAAUCCCUGUGUGCAGCAACCCUAGGGUUGACAAAAAGAGUAUGUAUGGUAGCCAAGCUGCUGACGGAUCUGGUGUAACCUCUGCCAAAGAUGCUACAAGCACGAAAGCAUCAUUGGACAGGUUAAAGCAGCCACUUUACAAAGGGCGGAAAGAGAUAAUGAACUUGUUGGAUGAGAUGCAAGGUCCCAACCAAAAUACACCAGCAGCUCCAGUUUCCCAAAGGAAGAGGGUGGCUGCUCCUGUUGGUAGUGUGGAUCAGAAGCUAUUUGUACUCACACCAAUGCCCCUGCGUUCUGGUGGUAGUGCUGUUGCCGGUUCUGGCAUGUUUAACAGCAAAGGGCAUGGAAAACAGCGAAGAGAAGGUCCAUGCGUCGGAACUAAAGGAUUCCGAGCUCCAGAGGUUCUUCUGAGAUCUUCUCAUCAGGGUUGUAAAGUCGAUGUCUGGUCUGCUGGAGUGACACUCCUGUAUUUAAUAACUGGCAAAACACCUUUUGGUGGAGACCCGGAACAGAACAUGAAGGAUAUAGUGAAGCUCAGAGGCAGCGAAGAAUUAUGGGAAGUAGCGAAACUGCACAACUGUGAAUCUUCAUACCCGUCGGAGUUAUUUGAGGCCAAAUUUCUACGGUCGGUGGAUCUCAAGACAUGGUGCUUUGCCAACGCCCGCAGGCCGGAGUUCCUCGAGCAGUUACCUAACUCGCUGUUCGAUCUCGUGGACAAGUGCUUGGCAGUUAACCCGAGGUGCAGGAUCACUUCAGAGGAUGCUCUGUCGCACGGGUUCUUCACUCCAUGCCAUGAAAGCCUUAGCAAGCAGAAGAGUAAGUCCCUUAAGAUUAGAGGGUUAGCAGGAGAAGCUUCUCAACUUCCUCCUUGCUCGCCUCGAGAUACCAUAGCUAAGGCGAGCAAGUCGUAGUGCUCCCCUCCCAACAUAUUGACUUGUUUGAACCUAAUCUAAGCAGAUGCUGACAACUGAGCGUGUGCCAAUAGCAUGCCUA